AUGGAGUAUCUUUCAAGAAUUGUCAAGCUUGUGGGAGGUAUGAAUCAAUUUCAGUUUCACCCAAGGUGUAAGGAGGUGAAACUAACACAUAUGUGUUUUGCAGAUGAUUUGAUUAUGUGCUAUAAAGGAGAUUUCAUAUCCAUGUACCUUAUGCUUCAAAGCUUCAAGCUUUUCUCUCAAUCUUCUGGCUUGCAAGCUAAUAUUCAAAAAUCCUCCCUCUAUUGUUGUGGUGUGUCUGACUCUGAUGUUCAAAGAAUAGCUGCUAUUUUUGGGUUUCCAAGACAUUUUCCGCCUUUUAGAUUCUUGGGGGUCCCCAUUUGCUCUAAAAGACUUACAUCUUCUCAGUGUGAUGCUUUAGUGGAUAAAAUGACUUGUAGAAUCAAGAUUUGGAGGUCAAGACAUUUAUCCUAUAUGGCUAGAGUCCAAUUGAUUAACUUUGUCCUCAUGAGCCUUCACAUGUACUGGGCUCAAGUUUUCAUUCUUCCCAAGAAAGUUCUUAGAGAUAUUGUUCAAGUAUGUAGAUCUUUUCUCUGGAGUGGGCAGUCUUUUAGUUGGAAUCUUAGGUCUGUUGCUUGGAGUAAAUUGUGUUGUGGUAAGAACUUUGGUGGCCUGGGUUUUAAGGAUGUAUUUCUUUGGAAUAUAGCUCACAUGGGCAAAUAUUUGUGGGUUGUGGCUAAUAAACAAGAAAAUUCUUGGAUCAAAUGGGUAAAUUCUGUUUAUCUGAAAAAUGCAAGCUGGUGGGAAUACUCACCAAAAGCUAAUUCGAGUUGGUACUGGAAGAAAGUUUGCCAUGUUAAAGAUAUUUUGAAACAACACUAUUCUUUAACUGAUAUGUGUGUCAUGCCUAGUUACUCUGUAAAGGCGGUUUAUAACAAACUUGCUAGUGAUAGUGUUCCUGUGCACUGGGAUUUUUUUUCUGGAAGAGGCUGGGUGCGCCUAAACACAAACUCAUCUGCUGGUUGGCCAUCCAGGGGCGUUUGA